AUGGUAUAUGAUCAUUUGAUUAGCUAUGGAAUUUCUCAAGGUUAUACCAUUUGGCAUGCUCAUGGGGAGAGAAUAGGGGAGGCAUCUUACCAUGCUACUGAUGCCCAAAAUAAUAAUGAGCAAAUAAAUGAAGGCUCUAGUGGGAUGAUAACUAUGUUGCAUGACGUUUUCCCUAUGUUUGAUCUUGAAAUAGUUGAGGGUGGGCCUGAAAUAGGUGUGGAUGCUGGAGAAGCUGGAGUGCAAAAUGAAAAUCGACAAGCCUGUUUAUUUUACAGCCCUAGUCUUGUGGAAUUGUUUGGUUACGACAAGCUGGAAAGAGAAUUAAUCCUCCGCCAAAAUAAUUUUUCUUCACCUUCGCCGCUAUAUGACGCGCUAAAUGAUGACCGUGAUGAGAUGACACCAGAGGAAGCCUACUCCUAUAGCGAACAAGUUUUGAAGAGUGACGGCUUUGAUGUUUCUGACAUCCCUGGCGUCAAUUGUUUCCACCAAAUUCAACCGUGCAACAUAGACUACGAUUAUGACAUGUAUAAACGGUAUUCGCAGCUCGCAAUCGACGAAUACAAUCGUCGGUUCAAGGAUGAUAAUGCAGAGUUGGAGUUUGUUAAGAUCUUGAAGGCAAUGGGUCAGGCUGCCAGGGGAAUCAGGUAUUAUAUAACCUUCAUGGCCAAGGAUCUUGGCGAUGGAGGUGAGAUUAAGACGUAUCAAGCUGUGGUAUUAGAUGGGCUAGACUCUGAGACAGCGGAUUCCUUUAGGCUAAAGCCCCCCGAGGAUGAGCCAGAUUCUGGCAGUCAUGGGAGACAGUGGUUUUGGAAAAAGAACCUUUGCAAUGAUGAAACAUGUUGUAUUUGAAGAUCUUUCAGAGGUGAAAUGCGUAUGGAGUUUAACAAUGCUGUUGGAAUUGGGAAACAUGAAUAAUACAAGUUAAAUGGAAAGAUAGUGCUUCUAGUGUUUAUUUAGACAUUCUAAAGUUGACCUGAUGUUGCUUAUUUAAUUUUGUUUGCAAAACUCCUUUGCUUCAAGCCUUCAAUGGUACUUCGCUUAAGUGAGAUUAUGCUGCGUGCUUUUGUCAAUGUGAAUUGGGUGGCUUUUUUAUUUUCCUUGUGUAGGAGUGGGAACUUCACUUAAAAAAAGAACAUAAUUUGGUAACGAUAA